CCGCCGUUCCCCUCUUGCUCUUCCGAGAUGAUGGCCUUGCAGAAAAACCUAAUAAAAUUCAACCAACAACAAGAGAAAUGCUUAUCAGCCCUCUCCAGUAUCAACGUUCGAGCAGGGUCAUCCAGAGCUGCACCACCUACAGUACCGAUUGCAACAUCAUCUUCAAUUGCUACCAAAUUUCCAACUAAAUUUUCAGAAAACACACAGAGGUAUCAGCUUAUCCAUUGUAUUAAGAACAGUGAACCAGGGGCUCAGGUGAAACGUGUUAUAGACCUUUUGCGUGAGACAAGGGGAGAUUUCACGGCAGAACAAAUAGAAGAGGCAUGUUAUGUUGAUGCAAUAAAAAACAAGGUUGUAUUCAAUAGUUUGACACAUAAUGUUAAAGUGAAGUAUGAUGGGAAGCGCUUCUCUUACAAGCCCACGCAUGAUAUCAAAAACAAAACAGAACUGCUCCAGUUGAUUCGUAAGAAUCCUGAAGGAAUUGCAAUUAGUGAAUUAAAAGAUUCAUACCGACUUGUCAUGGAAGAUUUGCAGGCUUUGAAGGCUUCUGGUGUUGUUUGGUGGCUAUCUAAUUCUGAUUGUCGAGAAGAUGUUGCAUACCCGAAUGAUCCCAGGAUAACCAUUAAAGUGGACGAUGAAAUUAAGCAACUAUUUCGUGCGGAAGAGCUUCCACGGGAUAUGAUUGAUAUUGAGAGGUAUCUUCGGGGAAACGGGAUGAAGCCUAAAACCGAUACUGCGAGGAGGAGGGCGAUGGCCCAAGUUCAUGGUUUGAACCCCAAACCAAAGGCCAAGAAGAAACCACGGAAUAUCAGCAAGAGGACUAAGCUUACGAAUGCCCAUCUCCCAGAGCUUUUUCAAGAUAUUUGUUCGUAAAUUAAUUAGAAAGCACCGCAAAAACUUAUGCCGGAGGAGUUGGUGGACUUAAAACUUUUUAAAUUUUUAAUUGCAUCUCUAGAUUCUCUAAAUUUUUAAUUUUCAAUAUAUG